AUACACAGGCUGUCAUGGUUUCUGGUGGGAUUGGCCCGUUCGGGAUCGUGGUGGUCCUGGUCACCGACCUUCCUGUGCUGCGCGGCUGACUCGCCUACGCUGAAGGGUGGCUGGACGAGGAAGAACGUGGGUGAAGAUGCGAUAUUCGAGGAGGUGGCCCAUUACGCUAUAUCCCAACAAGUCGGCGAACGAGAAUUCUUCGACACCGUGCUCGAACUGGUCGAAGUGGAGACCCAGACUGUGGCGGGCACAAACUACCGGAUCAAGUUCAAGAUAGCAGAAUCAACCUGCAGGGUGACUGAGGUUUACAGCAAAGAUGUCUGCGUUCCCAAGUCUAGAGAGACGGUCAAGGACACUUGCACUGCGGUUGUCUACGAUGUGCCUUGGCUGAACGAGCGCUCGGUGUCAUCUUUCAACUGCGAAGGAACCAACACGUCAGCCUAGAGGAACACAUACUACGCUGAAUUUCAACGUUGGACCGGGUCGCCCUGUUUACCACCCUCCAUGGCCGCAUAAUUCCCAGUAGAAAAUAAAGGCAGUACACUAAUUG